UUCACUCUAUCUAAAAGCUCUUUCAAAGCUGACAAAAAAAUAUUAUCAAAAUCAAGAGCUAGAUACAAUUAGUAGUUAUUUAGCAAAUGAAAACUCAAUGACAAACCUGGUUAUUCUUGAACAAAUUGAGAAAGCUACUGAAAAAGUAAAAAUUAUAUUUCCUAAUUUUGAAAUGGAAAGAUAA